CAACGUGGCAAUUGCAGCAUCAUCAACCUUCAACAGAAACCAGGCCUAAGACCCGUCUUCUCUCUAUCUUUCUGUUUUGCUCUUCUCUCCUUGAUCAUCAAUGGCGGUCACACUACCAUCACCCUCAGCUGCUUAUCUUCGAGGAAUCCAACGCCACUUCUUCUCUUCCAAUCCACUCUUCUCACCCCCAUUUCCAGCUAAACAGGUCCUCACAGUCGUAGCUAUGGCCUCCCAAAAGAAGGUGAAUAAGUACGAUGAUGGUUGGCAGAAAAAAUGGUACGGUGCGGGAAUAUUCUACGAAAGCAGUGAAGAAAUGGAAUUCGAUGUGUUCAAGAAGCUGGAGAAGCGCAAAGUGCUUAGCAACGUAGAAAAAGCAGGACUACUCUCAAAGGCGGAGGAUCUGGGAUUCACACUCUCAUCAAUAGAGAAGUUGGGUGUGUUCUCGAAAGCUGAGGAAUUGGGGCUAUUGAGUCUGUUGGAGAAGACAGUCAGUGUAUCCCCGUCCACGCUGGCUUCGGCUGCGCUUCCGAUACUGGUACUGGCUCUGGCAGCGGUAGUCGUGAUACCCGAUGAUUCUGCGGGGCUGGUGGCUGUGCAAGCUGUGUUGGCCGGAGGGCUUGUGGUAGGCGCUGCUGGGUUGUUUGUUGGGUCUGUUGUGCUUGGUGGGCUGCAAGAAGCUGACUGAGCCUGAGUUUUGUUUUCCUUGCUUUUUGGGCAUUUUCAUUUUUUAAAAAAAUUUAAAUCGUGUGGAGUGUGUAUGAUUAUAUUAAUAGAUGUAAAUUGCAGGUUAGGGAUAACUUUUUUCUUUUAAUGAAUAAAUAAUGGUAAGGCAUUGAUCAAAA